AUGGACCCACAUUCCCGCUUUUCGCAUUUUGACAACAAGAGGAAUCCUAAAGCUGGGCCUCAAUCUUUAUCUCAAAAACCACGCUUCAUGGACAACCCAAUCAAGCCUAAUCUCGAAGAUUUCGCGUCUGCGAAGCAACAGAACCGUAAGAGUUCUGCUGCUCGCGAAAGUAGCGCAUCGAUAUUGGUACGCCGGCCAUUUGUGACCAAUUCGCGAGUAAAGCAGGACGAGAAAUCACGCAAGGACAUGUACUUGGCGUUUGUGAAUAAUGCAUUGCAGGAAAAGGCAAACGGAAUUCCUGAGCCUUUCGAAGAACUCAUCAGCCAGUUCAAUCCGAAACGUUCUCCGAACGAAUUACCGUUUCCGCAACCAGCUCAAUUGCGUCUCUGGAUUUUGGCGUUAUCACAUGUGGUCUCAAGACUCGAGCGAACGCACUCAUCACUUGUCGAAGCGAUCAUAAACAUGCCUUGGGUUACCAUGGAUAAUGCCACCGUCAGAUCGUACACAGUUUUCAUCGGAAUGUUGAUUUCCGCUCGACCAGAGUACCUAUCGCUCGUCCUUGCAAAGCUGUCGUUAGGUUUUACGUAUCAAGCUGGCUUCCAGGCCUUGUCUGCAUCACCACCCGAACCAUCGUCAAGUCCUGUGACACGCAGACUAGUCUAUGACCGUCAGCAUUACCUUCUUAGACAUCUACUGUCACUGAUUCCGACCCUUCCCUCAACUCUCAUGCCUCUCUUGUCGCGAAAUUUUCCCCAUAAGCGGCAAAACCAAACCGCUCAAACGACCUACAUCCGAAAUCUCCUUCACAUCUCGGAGUACUGUCCAGAACUCGCUGAUCAGAUCCUCGGGGUUAUCGUAGACAGAGCAAUUCAAAUAGAUGUUGAGAUACAGAUAGAAAUAGACGAAAUCGAAGAAGAGGUGGACCAAGAGCAAGAAGGAAUCUUCGAGCUUGAUCCUUUUGACGUUCUCGUGGGUCAAGAAGGUGACGAGGAAAAUUCCGAGGAAGAUUCUUCAGAUGAUGAAUUCGAGACUUUCAGCGAUAUCUCAUCUGAAGGUGGCGAUAUGGAUGAUGACGGUGGUUUGGCUGGACGAAUUGAUCAUCUGCCUCCAAACCAUGAGCACCUUCGCGAAAUGGUGAAGAAACUGGAUUCCAUACUAUCCCUUGUUUUCGAACAUUAUGAGGCUUACGCAUCCAUAGUCAGAAAGUCUAACGAGGAAGACACACCUUCACCGUCUUCAUCCUUACCCGAGUUACUGCCAUUACCGCCUAUUUCUACUGCGGUCAACCCGUUCUUUGACGCCUCACGUUCUUCACCCAUGAUGAAUUACUCAUCAUUCAACCAACCUCCCCCGUCUAAUCAAGCUCAGCUGGCUCAAUUAAAUCAGCUCGCUUCCUCGUCUCGUCCCUCUACCCCAACAUCAAUCACACCCGGCUCUCCAGCAUGGCUAUUACCCAACCAACCGCCAUUACCUGCACCAACAAGAAAGAUGCUCCAUACUCGAUUCCACGCCCUCCUAUCCAUAUUCGAUCGUACAAUACUGCGUACAUUCAAGUCCAGAUACACGCAAUUCCUUAUCUUCUGGUACACAUCCUUAGAUCCUGAAUUUGCAGAUAUAUUCCAGGGCAUGCUCGUCGAUCGUGCCCUUUUCCAACCUGCAGAUAACGGUGGCAAUUCUGCGCAGACGCCAAUUGUCACUCGCGCGGCUGCUGCAUCGUAUAUUGGCAGCUUCGUCAGUCGGGCGAAGUUUGUUGACCGAGAAGGAGCGCGACGUGUCGUUGGAGUUUUAUGCGAGUUCCUCAAGGCGCACCUCGAUAGUGUGGAAUCUAUUUUGAAAAACUCUACUUCGCUAUCCAAUAACACGCGCUCAUUGAAUACCGAGGCGCUGAACGUGACUGGUGAUCAAAAUACGGUGUUCUAUGCGGUGGCGCAAGCAUUAUUUUUGAUCUUUUGUUUCAGGUGGAGAGAUUUGUUGGAGGACGAUGAAGAACCGGAUGAUAUGGUCUCACUUCGGCUUCAGGGCACCAAAACUGCCGCGGCAGGAAAAAAAUGGAUGAAGCAAUUGGAUGUAGUCCAGAGAGUUGUAAACUCCGUACUAAAUCCCCUUAAGGUUUGCUCACCUAACGUGGCCAAUCAAUUCGCUCGUGUAGCGCACGCAACGGACUUCAUUUACUGCUACACCAUCCUAGAAUUCAACCGCCGUUCCGAUGCUUCUUCUGGAGAUGGGUCUGUCCUACAUACGCUCACGCAUGGACACCAUCUCACCGCCGAACUUAACACGUUCUUCCCCUUCGAUCCAUACAAACUUCCCAAGUCAGGCGUCUAUAUUCAGGAGGUCUACCGCGAUUGGACUUCCGUGGCUAUCGACGAAGAAUCUGAUGAUGACGAAACAUCAGAUUCAGACGAGGAUACAGACCAAGAACCCGCGCAUUUUUCGAGUGAUUUCGGUAUGCCAAUAUCAAUAUCUGUGGCGGGAGACGAGGCACACGAAAAUACAGAUGAAACAGCUCCAGGCCUGGGUGCCUCUUUUGAUGCGAUGAGCAUUAGUCCCGCAAAAGAUGGGAUGAAUGCCGCGGAGCAGGUUCUUGCGUUGGCUUGA